UGACGAGUUCGAGCCCGCCGCACAACUGCUGUUUCUUCGAGUCUUCAACGACGGCGAUGCCGCUAUUUGACACAUGCUUUCACCCCAGACCGAAACCAAAUAGCUCCAAUCAACUUCAAGAGAUCGACGACUAAACGCCGGCUUCAUGUCAUCAUCACCGGAACUUGGCCACUCUCCUCAACUUUCUAGUCUCUCCUCCGACAUGAUCGCAAUAUCAGCCAUGAACGGCACGGCAAUUGACACUUCGCAAAGGCCAAAGCGGGCGAGGACGAGCAAACCAAAAGUCAAGACUGGUUGCAGCAACUGCAAGUUGCGGAGAAUCAAAUGCGAUGAAAAGCGGCCGGCAUGUUCCAACUGUGUCCGUUCCAGGAAGGAAUGCACCGGUUACCCACCUCCGCCUCGGAGCGCGAGGCCAUUCGAAGAAAUCAGGAUCGCGCCGAAACCACUACUGGCAGCAGCGACACCUCUUCCUGGCCGCGAUGCUCCCAUUCGGCUUGUCCCCCGCCGAGUUGUCAAGUACCAAAGACGAUUGAACACACCUCCGGAAACACCACCACAAGAGUCUGCCGCCACUGCCGUAAUACUCCACCGAGCGCCGACCGCGAACGUGCCAUUUACCGACAGGGAGGGCUUGUAUUUUCAGUUGUUCCGCGAACACACUGCCAACGAGCUUUCGGGAUUUUUCGAUUCUGGUUUCUGGUCGCGAACUGUCCUACAAGAAUGCCACUCGGAACCGACGAUCCGCCAUGCCGUGGUGGCAUUAGGCGCUCUGUACAAGACUUUGGAGAAGACGUGUGAGUCGCCGCCGGGCUCUCCAGCCAGCGAUCGAGAUCCCACCGACCUUGCUAUGACGCAUUUCCGAAUGGCUCUGGAGAAAUACCACGAGGCCAUCCGCUCGCUCUUAAAUACGGCAGAUCCCAUGUCCAACCGGACAAGACUCAUGGCAAGCGUGCUGCUAGCAUGCUUCGACUCGUUCGUUGGCGACCACAAACAAGCUAUUUUCCAGAUCCAGACAGGACUUCAGUUGCUCGAGAAGCUGCGUGCCGAGAGGAGGCGGGCCUUCAUUACCCAGCCGGGCGAGCCCGUGGAAGACGAGCUGAUCCAGAUGUUCACCAGGUUGGCGAUCCAAGCCAAGUCCUACGACAUGGCUUUCCACUUCCCGCAACCGUACGUUGUGCGCUUGACACCGACCGAGCAGGACCCCUCAUCACCAGCUUCCGAUGCCAGCUCGCCCGGCUCUCAGUUCCAAGAACCCAUUCCCGACCGCUUUGCUUCCGUAAUAGAGGCUCGUGUCGCAUGGGACAAGCUAUGCGAGCGCAUCUUCAAGUUCACCGAGACCAUGUUCAAGCACGUACCGAACGGCCCCAUGGGGCUGUUACCUCCCAACCUCAAGCGAUACGGCCUCAGCUUCAAGCAGGAUCUCGACGCCUGGUCAGAAGCCUUCGAGCCCAUCCUCCAGUCGCGAACAGCGCCCGGCGUGACCAGCCAGGAAAAGGCCGCCAUCGCCGUCCUAAAAAUGUCCCAGAUCAUGGCUUUGGUCCUCUUUCUGAUGACCUUCAACGCCAGCGAGAUGCAGUUCGACAACUUCAACAGCUACUUCAAGGCCAUCGUCGACCUAGCCCUGGAAGUAGUCGGCGACGAAGAGCGGCGGGCAGCCGCCAAGCGCUGCCCGGAUCCUGAUUUCUGCCGGCACGGCCAUGGCCACAACAACAGCUACGCACUAGCGCGAGACAUCUUUGGUGGGCAUGAGUAUGCGGCCCGGCAUAUCAAGCCGAGCUUCAGUGCCGACCUCGGGAUAGUGCCGCCGCUGUUUGUGGUGGCGACCAAGUGCCGCGACCCCGUGAUCCGAAGGCAGGCUAUCCAGCUCCUCCGCAGUAGUGCUCGGAGAGAGGCCAUGUGGGAUAGCGAGCUGACGGCCCGGAUCGGCAUGUGGAUCACGGAGAUUGAGGAGUCGGAUGAUUUCAGCAUGAUCGUCACGCCGGGUAGUAGUCCCGUGGCGAGCUAUUCGCAGAUGUCUAUGUCUAUGUCUAUGUCUAUGGGUAUGGGUAUGGGUGCUAUGGAUGAGGCUGCCGUGGUGGUGGAGAACAUGGAUGGUGGUGCAGCAGCAAGUGAAUCCGGAGUGGUUCGGUCUGAUAGUAACGGAAGUAUGAAUGGGAGGAAUUCGACGAGAUGGGGAAGGCGGACGGGAAGUUCCAGCUCCAGCACCAGCACUACUACUACUACUGCCGGGAGGAGCAGCAGCACUCACUACAUUUGGCCAACACAGCAGCAGCAGCAGCAGUUGGCGCCGCCGCCGCCAAAGGUCAUCAUUCCGGAGGAACGCCGCGUGAUGGUGAGGGCGGUGCAGUUUGACCUGCACAAGCGGACGGCUACGGUCCAGCUCGGCACGAGAGGGUUGCGCAACGGUCAGAUGGAUUUGAAGACAAGGACUACGAGUAUUACGUGGUGAACAAUAUCAAUAUCUUGGAUACCCCCCCUCAGAAAGAAGAAAGAACAAAAUUUUAGAUAAAAAAAGCUCACUGGACCUUUGUUUGGUCUUUUCUUGUGUUCGAACUUCUUGGUUACAUUACCUGUUUACUGUUGUUGUUAUUGUUGUUGUUGUUCUUUUGAUAUACCCCUUUCUUUACUUUGAAUACGGGGGAAAUGACGAGUGCAUUCUGAAGAUUUCUUUCACAUAAGAAAGAAAACAGGAGAUAACUUGAUG